AUGUCUGUUCUACUCUCAAACCUGCGUUUAUUUCCACGUUAUUCGACGUCUAUUUAUACUUCACGACCAAAUGCUGCGAUUAGAGCAGCUUCAUCCAACAUAAAUCUACCUCGAGACGCUGCCCGGCCCAGUCAAACCUAUUGGCGACCAGCUGCUCUAAUUGUUGGUCUCGUUGGAGUAGUUGCAUUACUGCGAAUGUCACGAAAAGAGGAACAACUUAUUCAACAUGCUCGUGAUAAAGAUCCUCAUCAAGAAACCAAAACCUCAAAAUAA